AUGAGCUCCGUCAAGCCCUUCGAGGCCACCGAUUUGUUCAAGCUCAACGUAAUUAACCUCGACCCGUUCACCGAGAACUUCCCCAUCGAGUUCUACCUCGAGUACCUGAUACUGUGGCCCUCGCUGUUCUUCAAGAGCGUCGAGACCACCAGCCACACCGCCCGCGACGCUGUCAGCGGCUACAUGAUGGCCAAGACCGAGGGCAAGGCCGCGGAGUGGCACGCGCACAUCACGGCGGUCACCGUCUCGCCCAGCUUCCGCCGCAUCGCGCUCGCCUCCAUGCUCUGCAACGUGCUCGAGACGACCACGGACUUCAAGCCGCACGAGGUCAACUUCAUCGACCUGUUCGUCAAGUGCAACAACGCGCUGGCCAUCAGGCUGUAUGAAAAGCUCGGCUAUAGCGUCUACCGACGUGUCGUGGGAUACUACAACACCGCGGAAGAGUACCGCCUCCACUCGCUAAAAGUCCUACGGGAAGACAAGGACGCCUUCGACAUGCGCAAGGCCAUGCCGCGCGACUGCGGACGCAGCAUCCGGCCCAACGGCCGCAAGCACCUCUGCCACCCGCACGAAGUGCGCUUCUAG